CGCUCACGCAAUGAAGCGUGAACAAAGGUUUUGGUAAGUUUGUGUGAUUUCUUUGCAAACGUUACCUUGGCCUCGCAAAAGAGGUAAAUUUCUUUACCCCGAGGACGUGGAACCAAUGCCGGCGCUGACGAAGAUUCACUGCAACCGGCAAGACUGGUGAAAGGGGAGACAAACCGGAUGUGCUCAUGGUCCAUGUUCAAGCCCUGGAUGCGUUCCCGAAGAUGAUUGGCUUGUGUCGGUGUGUCAAAGCCUCAUGUCGCUCUUUCGUCGUCGGACGGGCCUGCUACGGCUUGGCCAGUCGCCGCAGCGCUCACUCAGGCCAGACUCACUUGUCACGUUAAAUUUACCUCCGCAUCGAUACCCGCCCCUCAUGCGUCCCUGUUGUUUCCUGCUUGUGGUGGUGUUCAUCAUAGCAGCGUGCUGUCACAGUAUUUCCACCGCUGAACGCGCUCCUCAGACCAAAACCCAAGAGCUGACUUACAACCACGAUCUCACAGUUGCUGAAAAUGUGAAGCUCUAUCUCAAGGACAUCAAGAAGGCGGCCACGGAGGAAGAAAGAGCUUUUCCUGGAGGCACUCAACUGAGGGGAUUUUUCGAGAAAAUAGGCCAGGGAACCAACGCUAAGAUCGCCGUGGACAAGGUCAAACAGGCUCUGCAUAAGGACACCAGACAUGCUUCGGUCUCAGUGGCUAUCAGUCUUUUGAAAAUGCUGAUAGUUGUUGGCGUCAUCUCGGUAGCAAGCGGCUACAUUGUUUACCGUGUAACCAACAGUUAGUGAUAACUUGGCACCUCGUUCUUAUUAAGUGACAGCUUAACACAUAUCCGAACCAGCCUAUUCCCAUUCUUCUUCAUC